AUGCCUACAUCGUCUUCAAAGAUGAGCAAAAUUUCUGUGUCAUGUCUUAUAUCUAAUAAUACAAUAUACAUAUAUCGGAAGGUCAGGAGGCCGGGUACGAGCGGCGGACGCUUGGGGCGGCACCCGCGCCUCCGCGGACAGCGGCGGCGGCGGCCCCGUCCGUGUCCGCUUCGCGCCAUCGCCCACCGGCGGCGUCCGCACCGCGCUCUUCAACUACCUCUUCGCGUGCUCCAGGAGCGGAAAGUUCGUCCUCCGCGUCGAGGACACCGACCUCGAGUGCUCCACCAAGAAGUCCGAGGAGGCCGUCCUCACCGACCUCUCCUGGCUCGGCCUCGACUGGGAUUAAGGCCCGUACAUUGGUGGCGAUUUCGGCCCUUACCGCCAGUCGGAUCGCAAUGCUGUGUACAAAGAGCAUGCCCAGAAGCUAAUGGAGUGGUGCUGUUUAUCGAUGCUUUUGCUCUAACGAGGUGUGCCGUUCAGGAAGAACUCGCGUGAGCCAAGGUACCGCGUGGAGUACCACCCAGUCGAUUUGCCAUACCACCCGGAGAAUGGUCAGGAGUCUGAACCAAUGAAUGACCAUGAGGGGAGACAUUACACAUGCUACCUACCAGUCAAAGAAACCAAGACCAUGAAGUCGAUUGUCCCAUAGAAUGCAACCAAUGUUAUCAUAGAAAGCGAACGGAAAGUUUACAGUCUGCUAUGCUUAACUACAGACAUACAUUUAAGUUCACCAUACUGAAGUUCAUAUGGCUUAGGUGUAGUAGUGCAGUAAAUCCUUAAUUCAGCAUUACACGUGUUCUAGGAAAAAUUAUAAAACCAACACAUAACUCCUGAAACAAAAACGAUGGACCAGAUCUGAUUUAUCUUUUCUGAUUUGUUUGUGAAACUGUAGACAAGAGUUGGUGUUUGUUUUCAUGUGCUUUCUUGUGCAUAUCAGCAUAUGUUUUCUGGCCCUGGAACAAACAAGCAUAUGAUGAUUUAAUUAUUUGACUGAAUCUAGACCGUAUAAUAAGGUCCAAGUAGUGUAUGCUUAAGAGAAAUUUUGGA